ACGCGCCCCGCCCCGCGCUCCUCUCUUGACUUUGAGUGUCCGGCGGUCGCAGAGCCAGGAGGCGGAGGCGCGCGGGGCAGCCUGGGCCCCAGCCCACACCCUCACCAGGGCCCAGGAGCCGCCAUGUGGCGAUGUCCACUGGGGCUACUGCUGUUGCUGCUGCUGACUGGCCACGUGGCUCUGGGUGCCCAGAAGGGUCGUGGGCGCCGGGAGCUAGCACCAGGUCUGCACCUGCGGGGCAUCCGGGACGCGGGAGGCCGGUACUGCCAGGAGCAGGACCUGUGCUGCCGUGGCCGUGCCGACGACUGUGCCCUGCCCUACCUGGGCACCAUCUGUUACUGUGACCUCUUCUGCAACCGCACGGUCUCCGACUGCUGCCCUGACUUCUGGGACUUCUGCCUCGGCGUGCCACCCCCUUUUCCCCCAAUCCAAGCAGGAUGUAUGCAUGGAGGUCGCAUCUAUCCAGUCUUGGGAACCUACUGGGACAACUGUAACCGUUGCACCUGCCAGGAGAACAGGCAGUGGCAGUGUGACCAAGAGCCAUGCCUGGUGGAUCCAGACAUGAUCAAUGCCAUCAACCAGGGCAACUAUGGGUGGCAGGCUGGGAACCACAGUGCCUUCUGGGGCAUGACCCUGGAUGAGGGCAUUCGCUACCGCCUGGGCACCAUCCGCCCAUCCUCCUCUGUCUUGAACAUGCAUGAAAUUUAUACAGUGCUGAACCCAGGGGAGGUGCUUCCCAAGGCCUUCGAGGCCUCUGAGAAGUGGCCCAACCUGAUUCACGAGCCUCUUGACCAGGGCAACUGUGCAGGCUCCUGGGCCUUCUCCACAGCAGCUGUGGCAUCCGAUCGUGUCUCUAUCCAUUCUCUGGGACACAUGACACCCGUCCUGUCGCCCCAGAACCUGCUGUCUUGUAACACCCACCACCAGCAGGGCUGCCGCGGUGGGCGUCUCGAUGGUGCCUGGUGGUUCCUGCGUCGCCGAGGGGUGGUGUCUGACCACUGCUACCCCUUCUCGGGCCGUGAGCGAGACAAGGGUGGCCCCGCGCCCCCCUGUAUGAUGCACAGCCGAGCCACGGGUCGGGGCAAGCGCCAGGCCACUGCCCGCUGCCCCAACGGCCACGUUAAUAACAACAACAUCUACCAGGUCACUCCUGCCUACCGCCUCGGCUCCAAUGACACAGAGAUCAUGAAGGAGCUGAUGGAGAAUGGCCCUGUCCAAGCCCUCAUGGAGGUGCAUGAGGAUUUCUUCCUCUACAAGGGAGGCAUCUACAGCCACACGCCAGUGAACCUUGGGAGGCCAGAGAGAUACCGCCGGCAUGGGACCCACUCAGUCAAGAUCACAGGAUGGGGAACGCUGAGUCAGCUGCCGCCUGAAGGGGGAGCCCUGCCCUCCUAUCAGCUGAACGGAUGCCAGGCUGGUGCUCCUUCCUUUCUGGGAACCCAAGGGCCUGUGCCUGGGAGGGGGAUCCCCGAGCGCAAGGAAUCCUCCCUGCCGCCACCUCCAGCCAGUGGGCAGCCGGAGUUGCCGAGGGACUGCGGCAGGGAGGUCCCCCGGGGCCCCUGGCAGCCCCUCAGGACCGCCGUGUCCCCCAGGCCUCCCCCGCAUCACCUGAAAAGAACGCGGGCGCCCGAUAAGCGGCCGCCUUUGUCUCGCUUCCUGUUUGCCAGGACGUCCCGAGCCCGACUCCCGCGUCCCGCCCGCCACUCCUCAGGGAGCCAAGGCCGGCGGGGAGCCCCAAGGGGCGGCGGCUCCUCCGCACCCCCUCCGUGGCCUCGGGACGCGCCCCGCUGGAAAAACCCCGCUGGAAUUUUCUACGUAGCCUCCCGAGGAAGCUCUGCGGGGCGGGGACAGGAGGGGAACUGGGGUGCGGCCGGCCGGUCUCAAGGAUUCGGCUCCGGCUCUAGCUCCGCCGCCCUGGCCCUGCGGACCCUGUUGCCUAAAACCAUACUGGGCGUGGAAAUGACACCAGAGCUGUUUGCUGGAGGAUGGAGGAAGCACGUGAUUGUGGAUGCCCACUUGCAGCGCCACCUCAGCGGUGUCAACCACAGCAGCAGUGCCUCCUGGUGGCUGAGUCCACAUCUCCCUCUGCUGCCUCCUUGA